GUAGAAAAUGAAAAAGCUCAACUAAAGAUGGCUUUAGCAGAGUCUCAAAAUCAGCUUGAUGCUUCGUGCUGUCAGCAUUCUUUGGCCGGUGAUAAGUUGGCAGAUAUGGAAAGAAACUCGGGCUUCGUUAAUGAAUCAAUGGAAGCUGCAAUGGCUGAAGCAUUUGACCUGGAAGUGAAAAGGAAAGAAACAGAAUCUCAGCUAGAGAUGUCACAUUUGGAUGUUAUGACACUUCCUGAGCUUGGCGAGAAGGUAUUAUUAAGGGAACUAGAGGAUAAAAUAGAGACCUUGGAAGCAACAAGAAAUGGGUUGCAAUCUCAACUAAAUGCAGCAUACAUGCAGGGUCAAGAACUGCGUGAGCAUGUGAGCUUGUUAGAGCGAAAGGUGGAGGAAGAAAGAUGCCUAUCUACAGCGUAUUUGACUAACGCUGAAGCAAACGAAGCGAUGCUGAAAAAACUGGAGAUUCAACUCAUGCUGGCAAACUCGGACAUUGAAAACUUAAACAAGACUAUAGCCAUAUUGGAGCUUGAGCUGAAAGAAGAGAGAUUAAAAGCUGCCAAGUUAGCAGAUUCAGCAGAAACAGCACUAUCUGCAAGAAGAUUCUUGGAAUCCCAGCUUGAGUUGAUCCAUUCAGAAGUUGGAAAACUACAUAAUGAAGUAAGACAUUUACAAGAGAAAGUUGAGGAGGAGAGGGCAUUGUCUGUUGAAUAUUCUACCAAGUGCCAGAUCCUGGAAGAAGAGCUCUCACGGAAGAAAAAAGAAGCUGAGCUCUGGCGUAUCACAAGUUCGAAUGGAGCUGCUAAGUUGAAUAAGG